GAAUGCUUUCUUGCCCAUAUCGCUCACCCAGCGUAAUCAAACCCAAACCCACACGGGAAUAGGAUUGGUACGACGUAAGCAGUGCAUAUCCCCGACACUGCAAGGUCCGGUGCCUGAAAACAAUCGGCAACGGUGAGGAGAUAGCCGAGCACCAUGCAAGGUCUCAUCCCACCUGCCAGACGUCUUGCAAGCUAUCAAAAGAACCAGUUAGCCUGUGUACGCUUCUCCACUUGGUCAUAUGCGGCCCUCUCAAGUCAACGCAUCGAUUGAAGCUUUCUCCGAACCUAAAUGGCUCCACACGAUGACCGUAUCAAAUAGCUCAUCAGCCUAUCGUUCUUGAUAGGUAGUACAGCUCGAGUGACAUAAAUACCCCUCUUUCUCUUGCUCAGACUCAAGAACAGCCGAGCAAGUUUGUGUCCCCAGGCUUCAUCCCACAUCGCACUACCAGUAUGCUGUUCCGCAGUCUACUGUCCACGGCUGUCCUAGCCGCCUCAUUAUGCGCGGACCAUGCAUCUGCUGGUAAACUUGGCCGUUUCGCUCAAAGAUCUCGCGACGCCAAACCGGCUAAGCGCGCAGCGGAGCUUGCGAAGAGGUCUCACUCGACCCCUGUUGAGGACUAUCGGUUCUACAACAACGCUACGCAGGCCUUCCGUGUGAAGAGUCUUCCUGAUGUUCAUUACGACAUCGGUGAGACAUACUCUGGAUUGAUCCCCAUCGAGAAGGACGAUCCGUCAAGAGCACUUUUCUUUGUCUUCCAGCCUACCGUCGGUGCGCCUGUGGAUGAGGUCACCAUCUGGUUGAAUGGUGGCCCUGGAUGCUCGUCUCUGGCUAAUGCACUACUGAUGCGUUUACAGGAGGGCUUUCUCCAGGAGAAUGGACGGUUCACCUGGCAGCCUGGAACAUACUUGCCGGUUGAGAACCAAUACUCCUGGGUAAACCUGACCAACGUGCUGUGGGUCGACCAACCUGUCGGCACGGGCUUCUCUGUUGGCACCCCGACUGCAGUGUCGGAGGAGGAGAUCGCACAGGACUUCAUUAAGUUCUUCAAGAACUGGCAGCAGACCUUCGGCAUCAAGAACUUCAAGAUCUACGUGACUGGCGAGAGCUAUGCAGGCCGCUAUGUCCCUUAUAUCUCAGCUGCCAUGCUGGACGAGAAGGACACAGAGUACUUCGACCUGAAGGGAGCAUUGACCUACGACCCUGUCAUCGGGCAGUUCGACUAUGUUCAGACCGACGCCCCGGUCGUGCCCUUCGUUCAGGACAACAAGGUCCUCUUCAACUUCAACGCCAGCUUCCUUGCCGAGCUGGAGCAGCUCCACGAGUCGUGCGGCUACAAGGCCUUCAUGGACGAGUACCUCACCUUCCCCGCCAGCGGGGUGCAGCCCCCAAAGAGCAUGAACUACUCGGGCGACUGUGACCUCUGGGACCUGAUCAACAACGAGGUCCUGGGCAACAACCCCUGCUUCAACCCCUACGCGAUCAACGAGAACUGCCCCAUCGUCUGGGACGUGCUGGGCUUCCCGACCGAGGUCGACUACACCCCGCCGGGGGCGACGGUCUACUUCGACCGGUCGGACGUGAAGCGCGCCCUGCACGCCCCGGCCAACAUCACCUGGUCCGAGUGCUCGAACGAGAGCGUCUUCGUGGGCGUGGGCGGCCCCGAGGGCGAGGGCGACCUGUCCGCCAACCCGAUCGAGCACGUCCUGCCGCAGGUCAUCGAGGGCACCAACCGCGUGCUGAUCGCCAACGGCGACUUCGACAUGGUCAUCCUCACCCAGGGCACCCUGCUGUCCAUCCAGAACAUGACCUGGAACGGCAAGCUGGGCUUCGAGACCGAGCCCGCCACCCCGAUCAACAUCGAGCUCCCGGACCUCCAGUGGGACCCCAUCCUGGGCGGCGCCACCGGCGGCCAGGGCGACAUGGGCAUCCAGCACUACGAGCGCGGCCUGAUGUGGGCGGAGACCUACCAGAGCGGCCACAUGCAGCCGCAGUACCAGCCCCGCGUGUCGUACCGACACCUGCAGUGGCUGUUGGGGAGAAUCGAUAAGCUGUGAGGCAUCCGCCGGAAGCUUGAACCCCUAGGCCGUCCUGUAUAGCUAGUAUAGAUACGAUCCAAACCUCAUCGACGUACAUGAUAGAAACGGGAAUCUU